UUACUCCUUUAGGUGACUCUGGCGCCUGCUGGUGGAGCAGUGGGUGAUGGCAUCCCUGCUGCAAGGCCGGCUGCCCGUCAAUCAGGAUGUGCUGCUGAUGCAGAAAGGCACUCUGAUGCGCAAGGUGAGAUCCAAAAACUGGAAGAAGCUAAGAUACUUCAAACUUCAGGAAGAUGGCAUGACAGUCUGGCAUGCCCGGCAGGCCGGAGGGAGAGCCAAGGCCAGCUUCUCAAUCUCUGACGUGGAGACAGUGCGUAAUGGCCAUCAGUCUGAGUUGUUGCGCAGCCUGGCAGAGGAGUUCCCCCUGGAGCAGGGCUUCACCAUCGUCUUCCAUGGCCGCCGCCCCAACCUGGACCUGGUGGCCAACAGUGUUGAGGAGGCCCAGAUCUGGAUGCAGGGGCUCCAGCUAUUGGUGGACUUUGUCACCAACAUGGACCAACAGGAGCGGCUGGACCAAUGGCUGAGUGACUGGUUCCUGCGUGGAGACAAAAACCAGGAUGGUCGGAUGACAUUCCAAGAAGUCCAGAGGUUACUACACCUGAUGAAUGUGGAAAUGGAACAAGAAUAUGCCUUUCAGCUUUUCCAGGCAGCAGACACGUCCCAGUCUGACACUCUGGAAGGACAAGAAUUUAUAGAGUUCUACAAGGCAUUGACUAAGCGUGCCGAGGUGCAGGAACUGUUUGAAAACUUUUCGGCUGAUGGGCAGAAGCUGACCCUGUUGGAGUUUGUGGAUUUCCUCCGAGAGGAGCAGAAAGAAGGAGACCGUGCUUCUGAUCUUGCUCUGGAACUCAUUGACCGCUAUGAGCCUUCAGAGAGUGGCAAGUUGCGGCAUGUGCUGAGCAUGGAUGGCUUCCUCAGCUACCUCUACUCGAAGGACGGAGACAUCUUCAACCCAUCCUGCCUCCCCAUCUACCAGGAUAUGACUCAACCCCUGAACCACUACUACAUCAAUUCCUCUCACAACACCUACCUGGUGGGGGACCAGCUUUGUGGCCAGAGCAGCGUCGAGGGAUAUAUACGGGCCCUGAAGCGGGGCUGCCGCUGUGUGGAGGUGGAUAUAUGGGAUGGACCUAGUGGGGAACCUGUCGUUUACCAUGGACACACCCUGACCUCCCGUAUCCUGUUCAAAGAAGUUGUGGCCACUGUAGCACAGUACGCCUUCCAGACAUCAGACUAUCCAGUCAUCUUGUCCCUGGAGAACCACUGCAGCUGGGAGCAGCAGGAGAUCAUUGCACACCAUCUGACCGAGAUCCUAGGGGAACAGCUGCUGAGCACCACCUUGGAUGGGCAGCUGCCCACUCAGUUGCCCUCCCCUGAGGAGCUUCGGAAGAAGAUCCUGGUGAAAGGGAAGAAGCUAAGGACGCUCGAGGAGGAUCUUGAAGAAGAGGAACAGGAGGAAGAGCUAGAGACUGAGCUAGAGGGGCAGCAGGAGGCGGAGCUGGAGCCGGAGUCCCAGUUUGAGUCUGAGACGCAGGAGCUGAGCCCUCGCAGUAAGGACAAAAAUGAGAAGAAAUCCAAGCCCAUCUUGUGUCCAUCCCUCUCUGCCCUGGUUGUCUACACAAAGACUGUUUCAUUCCACAGCUUCACUCAUUCAAGGGAGCACUACCGCUUCUAUGAGUUAUCGUCUUUCUCUGAAACGAAGGCCAAGAGCCUCAUCAAGGAGGCCGGCAAUGAGUUUGUGCAGCAUAACGCCUGGCAGUUAAGCCGUGUGUACCCCAGUGGUCUGAGGACAGACUCAUCCAACUACAACCCCCAGGAAUUCUGGAAUGCAGGCUGCCAGAUGGUGGCUAUGAAUGUGCAGACGGCGGGCCUUGAGAUGGACAUCUACGAUGGGCUCUUCCGCCAGAACGGUGGCUGUGGCUACGUGCUGAAGCCAGACUUCCUACGUGACACCCAGAGUUUCUUCCAACCUGAGAGACCCAUCAGCCCUUUCAGAGCCCAGACUCUCCUAAUCCAGGUGAUCAGUGGUCAGCAACUCCCCAAAGUGGACAAGAACAAAGAGGGGUCCAUCGUGGACCCGCUGGUGAGGGUGGAGAUCUUCGGCGUUCGCUCAGACACAGCCCGGCAGGAGACCAGCUAUGUGGCGAACAACGGUUUUAAUCCGUACUGGGGGCAGACACUGUGCUUCCAGCUGCUGGUGCCUGAGCUGGCCAUGCUGCGUUUUGUGGUAAUGGAUUACAACUGGAAACCCCGAAAUGACUUUGUUGGUCAGUACACCCUGCCUUGGAUAUGCAUGCAACAAGGUUACCGCCACAUACACCUGCUCUCCAAGGAUGGCACCAGCCUCCAUCCAGCUUCCAUCUUCGUGCACAUCUGCAUGCAGGAAGGGCUGAAGGAGGUUGAAUCUUAAGGCUUAGUCCCAUACCCGGACCCAGGACUACUCUCAUCAACUCUGGCUCAAAGGCAGAUUGCAACUACAAAUCCAGAGGGGUUUGGGGCAGAGAAACCCAGAGAGGCAUUAUCCCUCUCCCCCACCUUACUCAAAAGUCCAGAGCCAAGGAAGGGAAACACCAAGCCUCAAGCCUCCCCAAGCAAAGGCUGGGGAAAGAGACCCGACCCUGACUGUACUGUGACUCUCAAGAGAACACUGCAUGGCCCUGAGAGCCCACACUGGACUGCUCCCUGCUAGCCCCACCAGUGUUAAUAGAGCUGCUCUCCCCAAUUUGGCUUGAGUAUGGUCUGUCAUUGCUGGGCAAGAAGGGGAAGAAUGAGGGUUGGGGGACAUUUGGGUAGACAAGUGGGGCAGGAAAAAGGUAGAAAAACAAGUUUCCAGGGGUCCCUCUGCAUGUGCUACAUAGGAAUGGUAGAGAAAUAUGACUUCUAGGGGUCAGGGUAAAAGGAGCAGGCAAAGGGUUAUGUGAUCCCAGCCCUCCUGAAGAGUUUGCCUGGGACAGUCCUGAUUUAUGUCUGCUGUCCCAGCAUAAUUAUUAAUAGUACUCUCUUUAAUUUCCCUACUGUGUCCCAGGUUAGAUGAUUAUAGUCACUGUGAGGCACUGAGAAUUCUGCUUUAGAGAUUUACCUCCACCCCUGCAAUAAUUUGCCUUUCACACUAUCUUUGUGCUUUAACUCUAGUAUAGUUGCUGACCCAGUGUGAGGACUGAUGUUGAAUUAAAGCUGCUUCUAUGAGGAAGCUUGGUGGGUGGCAGUCCUCCCUCUACAGGUAGACAAAGUGGCUCAGAAAUAGGGAGCAGAGCAAGGGCCAAGACAGGCUCUAGAAUAGAGGAAAGGCAGACCUGGCCCUGUUUGAGAAUCAAUCACUCAGUGCAGAUGGAAGGAGAGUA